UUCCUUUUCUUCCUUUCUUCACCCGCCACUGCUGCAGUUAAAAAAAAGGUGAUAUUUUUGGAAUCCGGGGAGGAGGAAGGAGAAGAGAAUGUCAGAAUUAGGGUUAGGGUUUGAAGAAGAGAGGAAGAAGAAGAGGAAGAAGAAGCAGCAGCAGCAUCAACAGUACAAGCUCCAUUCUACAACUACGAAUUUUGAUAAAAGAGUGUGUUUUGGUUCACCCAACAGUAAGAAUCCAGGUGAUAGGUCAAAAGUUGAAGAUCAAGUUUUAGGAGACCAAGAGAAGGAGGACGAAGAAAUCCUAAAUCCAGAGAAUCAAUCGUCCUCUCUUUCCAUUCAACCAGGAAAAGAUUUACAACACGAAGAAGAUGAAAUUCUCGAGGAAGAAGAGCUCCCAGUCCCAUCACAUCACUCCUUUCAUUCUCCAACAGAAAAGAUUUGGAACCAAAGGCUCAAUUCUGAGACACACCCUUUGAUCAUCAACAAACAGUGGAUUCCUAGAACCGUCUCCCUUGAUCUAAACAGCCACAAUGCUGCACUCCUAUCCCCACAAUUCUCUGUUGGAGGCAUCACCAGCUUAAAGAAGAGCCCUUGGACACCAAACUACCAAAAGGGGUGGAGCUCAGAGCGGGUGCCCUUGCCAAUAAAUGUCAGACAGAGAUAUUUGUGCAAUGGAAAGGCUCUUCCAUCAAAAUGGGAGGACGCUGAGAGAUGGAUCGGUAGUCCAAUUUCUGUUGAUGGAACAGGAAGAUACAUGCCCGCCUCAUAUUAUAGGCGGCCUAAGUCAAAGAGUGGCCCCCUAGGAUCUCAUUCACCUCUGGUUCCGUGUUUUGAUAGUGGGAGAGUUGUGAAUGUGGCAGCAAACUCGCCAUUUUUGGCUGGAGUUUUAGUGACAGAUCGGCAGUGUUAUGGUAGAGCCAGAGGGGAAGCUGGGGGGUGUCGUGGUGGGAUAUUUAUUUCGGAUAAUGUUGAGUCUUAUAUAGUUCAGCAGUCGGCGGCUGUGCAUGCAUGGUCGGAUUUGAGUUCUCAGGGUACUGCACGAGAUGAGAAAUUCGACAGCAAAGGAAGUUCCAUAGUUGUUUCUCCAAAAGUCUUGCUAAAAGACAUGGCAACAGAGAUGAGCCCUUCUGGAAGCAGUCAUUCUUCCCCAGGUGAAAGCUCUCCCUCUCUAGUUCCACCAUCAGCUGAUCCUAUUGUGGAGCUGGAGGCCCAUUUCGCAAAGAUGGAGGUCAGAGAUGUGCAAGUAGAUGGUCUGGUAACUGUGAGCAGGCAUCCAAAGAAUCAUGUUUCCUCUGAAAGGUGUUUGCGAAACAUCAUAGAUUGGAAGAACAAGUCUGAGGAGGAUAACGCUUCUACUUUGGAGUCUGCAGAUCCAUCCAAAUUCUUAUCGGAGUAUAAUAGGGAGGAAGCCAAAAUCAGAGCAUGGAGGAACUUACAGGAAGCAAAAGCUGAGACAGCAAUCCGGAAACUAGAGAUGGAAUUAGAAAAACAAAGAUCUUCUUCAAUGGAUAAAAUUUUGAACAAGCUUAGAUCAGCUCAAAGGAAGGCGGAAGAUAUGCGCAAUGCAGUGAGAGAUGGCCAUGCCCAUCGGACUCGGAGGAAACACAGAAAAGCUCCAUGUUUGCUCAGAUCUGGUCAUAUGAGUUUUCUGGGCAGUUGUUUCACUUGCAAAGCGUCCUAGUUCUGGGAGAAGUCAUUGAUAUCCUCCCAAUCUUAUAGGCCGAAGAUUUGGAGUUGAUCAUUUUUUGCUAUAAUUUUAGUUCAAAGAUUCUCCAGAGAGUUGCAGUAUUAAGCUGGAGCUUCUGCAGAUUCCACGAGAUGUUUACAGAUAAACGGAUAGAAGAUUACCAAGCCUGCAAUAUGAGAUCACAGCAAGAAUCAGCAAAAGUUAUAAAUAUGAUUGUUUUGCUUGGAUGUACACAAUUUUUGUAAAUCUGCUGAAUAUGUCAGUGUACUGUAGGUAACAACAGUCACUGGGCUAAUUCCCUUUGAUCAUUGAGGCUUUGCGUUUGUCAUGAAUUAUGAACAAAUUUGUAUGGGACUAACCCUUUUUGUGGUUGGUGGCUACCCCUCCCAACAAGUUUUCGCUUCCAGGUUUUGAACUAUUGCCAAGAGGCAAGAGUCUGUCUGGGGAGCAGCUUGCCUAUCACUGGACCAACAACUUGUUGGUGAUCUUUCCAUCUUUUGUAACUAUGAGAAAAUGGUCUGGGAAAUGGCAAAUUGUGUUCUUCUUUUGCU